AGGGAAUCGAACAGUAAACAAACGAAAUGUAAACACGUGUGAGUCUGUUUAAUAAUAGAUCUUUUGCCAUCAUGGAGGAAGAUACACAGUCCAAGGAAAUUGUUGUAGCCCCAAAGAAGGAGAGGAAGGUGUUCCGACCAGCCCGCAAUGUGAUCAAGGGAGUUCCAGCAGAGAUAGAGCAGGACCCCAAACUACAGAAAGCUAUAGAGGUUCUUCCCUCAAACUACAACUUCGAAAUCCCAAAGACAAUAUGGAGGGUGAAGCAAGCCAAUGCAAAGCAUGUUGCCUUGCAGUUCCCAGAAGGUCUUUUGCUGUUUGCCACAUCCAUUGCUGACAUAAUUGAAACCUGGACUGGAGCAGAAACCACAAUAAUGGGGGACGUGACCUAUGGAGCCUGUUGUGUUGAUGACUUUACUGCCAGAGCGGUUGGAGCAGACUUCAUGGUCCAUUAUGGACAUUCCUGUCUAGUCCCCAUAGAUCAAACAGGUUCUAUACCUUGCCUCUAUGUGUUUGUAGACAUACAGUUUGACACAGUGCAUCUUAUAGACACCAUCAAAUCUGUAUUCCCAAGUACAGUCCCCUUGGCAUUAGUGUCGAUAAUCCAGUUUGUAAGUUCACUGCAGAAGAUGGCACAAGAUCUCAAAAGUUGUGGCUAUACUGUUUGCGUACCCCAGUGCAGGCCCUUGUCUCCAGGCGAGGUUCUUGGUUGCACAUCACCUCCUGUUCCUGAGGGACACACCAUUGUAUGCUUGGGUGAUGGUCGUUUCCACUUGGAAUCUAUAAUGAUCUCAAAUCCUGAGGUUCCAACCUACCUGUAUAAUCCCUACUCAAAAGUCCUAUCCCGUGAAUACUAUGACCAGCCGUUGAUGAAGAAGAUUCGCAAAGAGAUAAUAGACAAAGCAAGUUCUGCCAAGAAAUGGGGUUUGAUUCUUGGUACACUGGGCAGGCAAGGAAACACAAAAGUCAUGGAGAAUUUGAAGAACCAGCUUGAAUCUGCUGGGAAAGACUUUGUAAUAGUCCUACUGUCCGAAAUCUUCCCUGCCAAGCUGGAAGCCAUGAGUGACGUAGAAGCCUGGGUGCAGGUGGCAUGCCCAAGACUGUCCAUUGAUUGGGGUGCAUCCUUUCCCCGGCCCCUAUUAAAUCCCUAUGAAGCAACAGUGGCGCUAAAACAUGCAGAAUGGCACACACACCGCUAUCCAAUGGAUUUCUAUGCAAAUGAGAGUCUGGGAGAGUGGACCCCUAAUCAUAAGCCACCGUGUCCUUGUGGCCAGACGCGAAACACAGGUUGCAAGGGUCUCAGGUGUCCAAGCUCUAAAAAAGAGGCUAAUAAAGAUUGAAGCGA